CCAAAAGUUUCCCAAGCAGGGAAAUGAAACUAAACUAAGACUCUCACGAUAGAUAGAAGUUGUUAAAGAACAACAAAACGAAACCGUGGAAGAAAAGAUUCCUCAUCGGCAAGCAGGGGUUGGUUUCCUUCUUUCUUCUCUUGGGCGGGCACAUCACUUCCCUCUACAAGUCAAGAAUAUUCAUUCCUCUCUUCCUCUUUCCACCACCUAUUUCUUCCUUUGCUUCUGUUUCGCUCCACUCCGAGAUCUACACACUAUUCCAGUGCAGUAUUGGGCAAAUGCAACUGCUGGUGAAAAUUGGGUAGUUAAUUUGUAAGGUGACACACCUGGAACUUGGGAAGCUGCAGUAAUGGAUCUUGACGGAGGGUGUUCGUCAACAGUUAGCACAGGAGCACAGGCAAUUCCAGGACGUUCAACACGACAUGGUGCGUUCUAUCGGUUUACACAGCAGAACCUUCCAGCAUGUAAACCUGUGCUUACACCUGCAGCAGUCAUUGCUACAUUUCUAUUGAUGGGUUUCAUUUUCAUUCCUGUUGGACUUGUUACACUUCGUGCCUCAAAUAGUGUUGUUGAAAUUGUGGAUAGGUAUGACAUUGAUUGUGUACCUGAAGACUUUAGAAGUAACAAGGUCGCGUAUAUUAAAGAUGACUCAAUUGCCAAAAACUGUUCACGAUUGUUAAAGGUACUUAAGCCAAUGAAAGCACCAAUUUACAUAUAUUAUCAGCUUGAUAACUAUUACCAGAACCACCGACGGUAUGUCAAAAGUAGAAGUGACCUGCAACUCUUACAUGGACUUGGAUACAAUGACACCAGUUCUUGUAAACCUUUAGAGUCCUCACACAAUCUUCCAAUUGUACCUUGUGGGUUGAUGGCGUGGAGUCUGUUCAAUGAUACAUAUACAUUCAGUCGUGGGCCAUCAGAAUUGAAGGUCAAUAGGAAGAAUAUUGCGUGGAAGAGUGAUCGUGAUCACAAAUUUGGAAACCAUGUUUACCCAUUUAAUUUUCAGAAUGGGACUUUAAUUGGGGGUGGAAAGCUGGAUCCAAGUAUUCCUCUUGGUGAUCAAGAAGAUCUCAUAGUUUGGAUGCGGACUGCUGCUCUCCCUACCUUCCGAAAGUUAUAUGGUAGAAUUGAAGAGGAUUUGGAUGCAGAUGAUGUCAUAGUAGUCCACCUAGAGAAUAACUAUAACACUUACAGUUUUGGAGGAAAGAAGAAGCUUGUUCUAUCAACAUCAAGCUGGCUGGGUGGAAAAAAUGACUUCCUUGGAGUUGCCAAUUUAUUUGUUGGUGCCUUCUGUAUAUUAAUCUCCAUCAUCUUCCUGUUGCUUCAUGUGAAAAAUCCUAGACCUUAUGGGGACACGGCCUACUUAUCUUGGAAUAGGAAAAACAUUGCUAGCUGAAUAGGUACGUGGUACAAUGGUAAUACUUUUCUUAAGCGACACACAGGAUACACAUUCUUGUUAUUAAAACUGAUGUAUUUAAUUGUAAAAGAUGAAGCAGGGUAAACAAUUCCUUUGGCUUUAACUAUCAUGGAAAUGAGCCAUUAGGAGUGGGAUAGUUGAGUUUGGGUGGUUUGCUUGAGGUCAUAAAAUCAAACCUCAGCUUUGCCAUUGUACACGCACAAAAAAAAAGGUACUAUAUUGAAAUAGAAAGUGUGUAUGUUGUAUUGUAUUUUGCUGGAUAUUUUUACAGAAUGGAAUUGAAACACUUAUUAAACCAUAGUUGCAUGGGCUGCUCACUUGCUGUUACAUACCAAUAUUCAUACACCAGUUGUCUGGUAGUUUUACCAUUUGCGGCAGUAUUAUAUACUAGAUAGGAUCUUAAAAUAAGAUUGUUUAGCUUCUCAGAA